CACUCCUGUACUCAUGAUACUAUUUUGUAACGCGCCAUCAUUUCAGUCAGAAUCGGUGAAAAGGGGACUUUUGCUUUGAAACGCUGGUUUUGGCGGCCAUUGCUGUGUGCCUUCACACCGUGAGGAGAGGAGGACCGUGCUGGGAGGAAUAUCACCUGUACACCCUCAUACAGGGCUGAUCUGAGGGAUCUAGUUCUUAAAUUAGAUGCAUCCUUGGUGGUUUUUAUGUGCUUAGUGACAGUGAUCUCAAAAUCAGACCAAAGUCCAGGGGCGCGCGCACGAUGGCUCUAAAAAGGAUAUACAAGGAGCUGAAUGAUUUUGCCCGAGACCCUCCAGCUCAAUGCUCUGCCGGUCCUGUAGGAGACGACAUGUUUCACUGGCAAGCGACUAUAAUGGGGCCUAAUGACAGUCCCUACCAAAGUGGUGUGUUCUUCUUGACUGUGCACUUCCCCACUGAUUAUCCUUUCAAACCACCAAAGGUUGCAUUCACCACACGAAUUUAUCACCCAAACAUCAACAGUAAUGGCAGUAUCUGCUUGGACAUAUUAAGGUCGCAGUGGUCACCAGCUCUCACCAUAUCUAAAGUUCUUCUGUCCAUCUGCUCCCUGCUGUGUGAUCCCAACCCAGAUGACCCUCUAGUGCCUGAGAUCGCUCGCAUCUACAAAGCAGACCGCGACAAGUACAACAGAAUAGCCAGAGAGUGGACACAAAAGUAUGCUAUGUAGUUGGAGGUGGACAAUGGAGAAUUGCGCUCUGGUCCAGUAACACAAUGAAGGAGGAGAUGGAAAAGACACAUCUCAAUGGUUUCCAAUUGGGUGCUUUUUUUCGAGCUGCACCCUCUACCAGUUUGCAUACUGCAUCCAAUUCACUUUCUUGACCAUUCACUUUUUUUAGCUCAUUUUAUACGUACAGUAUUUAUGAAUGUUGCUCUUUUGAAGCUCGACAACUCAGAGCGAAUUUUUCACCUGCGACCUGUAUCAAUAUGAAGCAAUUCGAGAGAAAUUGUUCUCACAGUUUUUGUUAUUUUUAAACUUAUUUCUGUCUAUUUUUGUCUGCUGUCUGUGCUUUUUUUGUUUGUUGACUUCUUUUCACCGUAUUCUUUUCCGGACUACAGAGCAUGGAGGAGAACUUUGUUUUAUUCAUUCUACUUGUAUUCUGUCCAUGCACCACCUACUUGAGCUCCCAGUGAGCUAACAAUGGUCAUACUUCAUUACUUCAUCAUGCAUCACCAGCGUCAGUGAUAUACCAGUAGUCCAUCCAGCCUUUAUUUAAACAGUGAGUUGCCUCUAGCCAUUACUGAGGUGCCUCCAGCCAUUAUUUUCCUCACCUCUAGAGUGACUGACUUAUGGAUAUCUACUGCAUUGCCUCGGGAACUGAUAGAGCUUAUGUGCAGACUGUGUAAUAAAAUGAUUGUAACAGUGCUUAAUGCAA